CAGGUCCAGCAGCGCCAACGCGACGACGAAGAACAGGGAGAAGAGAAGGAAGAGAGGAGGCAUGCACGCUCGCGCGCGACGGUAACGAGAUCACCACACGGCAGGAAGGGAAGGGAAGGGAACCAUUGGAUCAGGGCGACCGUGGAUCUGAGCAGCUAGAGACGAGACGAGGCGAUGCCUCAGGACGACGACGAGAGCAUCGCAUGGGUGGUGGCGGACGGCACCGGCGACGCGCCGCCGGUGCUGCUCCACGGCAGCCUGGACAUCUGGAUCCACGACGCGCACAACCUCCCCAACAAGGACAUCCUCUCCAAGACCGUGCGCGACCUCAUCUGCAAGUCCAAGUCCUCCGAGGCCAUGACCAGCGACCCCUACGUGACCGUGCAGGUGGCCUCCGCCGUGGUGGCCCGCACCUUCGUCAUCCCCGACGACGAGAACCCCGUCUGGGAGCAGCACUUCGUCGUCAACGUCGCGCACGAGGCCGCGGCCGUCAACUUCGUCGUCAAGGACAGCGACGUCGUCGGCGCCGAGCUCAUCGGCGUCGUCUCCAUCCGCGCCGACUGCCUCAAGACCGGGGACAGGGUCGAGGGCACGUACCCGGUCCUCGACCGCAACGGCAAGGAGUGCGCGCCCGGCGCCGUGCUGCGCCUGUCGGUGCAGUACCUCCCCGUCGCCAGGCUCACCAUGUACCACCACGGCGUCACCCCGGGACCGGACUUCGCCGGCGUGCCCAGGACCUACUUCCCGCUGCGCCGUGGCGGGAGGGUCACGCUGUACCAGGACGCGCACGUGCCCGACGGGACCCUGCCGGAGAUCAGGCUGGGGAACGGCGCCUGCUACCGCCAGGGGCAGUGCUGGCGCGACGUCUACGACGCGAUAUCCCACGCCAGGAGGCUCAUCUACAUCACCGGCUGGUCCGUGUUCCACACCAUCCACCUGGUGCGCGACGGCACCGGCGGCAUGGCGCUCGGCGAUCUGCUCAGGAGGAAGUCGCAGGAGGGGGUGCGGGUCCUGCUGCUCGUCUGGGACGAUCCCACGUCCCGGAGCGUCCUUGGCAUCAAGAUGGAAGGCUACAUGGGCACACGGGAUGAAGAGACACGUAGAUUUUUCAAGCAUUCUUCAGUUCAGAUACUGCUUUGCCCACGAUCUGCUGGGAAAAGGCACAGCUGGGUGAAGCAACAGGAAACAGGGACUAUAUUCACUCAUCAUCAGAAAACGGUAAUCGUGGAUGCUGAUGCCGACAACCAUAGAAGGAAGAUAGUUGCUUUUGUCGGAGGCCUUGAUUUAUGCGGAGGGCGAUAUGAUACACCAAGACAUACUCUGUUUCGGACUCUUCAGACAUUUCACAAGGAGGACUAUUACAACCCAAACUUUGCGGUAGAAGAUGCCCGUGGCCCAAGAGAGCCAUGGCAUGACCUGCAUUCCAAGAUCGACGGUCCAGCAGCAUAUGAUGUCCUGAAAAACUUUGAGGAGCGGUGGUUAAAGGCAUCGAAGCGCAGUGGGUCUAAGAAAUUGACGAAAUCACGCAAUGAUACAUUGCUAUGGAUUGAAAAGAUACCUGAUAUUGCAACUAUUGACGAUGAAGUCUAUUCAAAUGACAAUGAUCCAGAGAGAUGGGAUGUUCAGAUUUUUCGAUCAAUUGAUUCGAACUCUGUCAAGGGUUUUCCAAAAGAUCCACGAGAAGCCACCAGUAAGAAUCUUGUUUGCGGGAAAAAUGUACUGAUUGAUAUGAGCGUGCAUACAGCUUAUGUGAAUGCAAUCCGAGGUGCUCAACGUUUCAUCUACAUUGAGAACCAGUAUUUUCUUGGUUCUUCAUUCAAUUGGGAUUCGAAUAAAGAUAUCGGUGCUAAUAAUUUGAUACCCAUUGAGAUAGCACUCAAAAUUGCAAACAAGAUUUAUGCUAACGAGAGGUUCUCAGCAUAUAUACUAAUCCCAAUGUGGCCUGAGGGUAACCCUACCGGUACUCCUACACAAAGAAUUCUUUACUGGCAGAACAAGACAAUGCAAAUGAUGUAUGAGAUAAUUUAUAAGGCGCUGAAGGAAGUAGGGCUAGAUGGUAAAUAUGAACCGCAGGAUUACCUGAACUUCUUCUGCCUUGGCAAUCGUGAAGCUGAGGACACUUCUUGCUCUUCCAGCGGAUCAUUCUCAGCCAGCAACCCACAGGACCAAGCUCGGAAGAACGGGAGAUUCAUGGUUUAUGUGCACUCGAAAGGAAUGAUUGUGGAUGAUGAGUAUGUGAUCAUCGGGUCGGCUAACAUCAACCAGAGGUCCAUGGAAGGAACUAGAGAUACAGAGAUUGCAAUGGGUGCAUACCAACCACAACACACAUGGGCAAAUACGCUUUCUGCCCCUCGUGGACAGAUUUUCGGGUACAGGAUGUCUCUAUGGGCGGAGCAUAUCGGAGCCAUUGAGGAGAGCUUCACCAGGCCGGAGAGCCUUGAGUGCAUAAGGCAGGUGCGGCACAUUGGGCAGAAAAACUGGGAUCAGUUUUUCUCCAGCCAUGCGACUAAGAUGAAGGGCCAUCUGCUCAAGUACCCCGUUAGUGUUGAUCCCGACGGCAAGGUGAACCCUCUGCCCGAGUGUGCCACGUUCCCAGACCUCGGUGGGAACAUCUGCGGCUCGUUCAUGAAUAUCCAAGAAAACCUUACAAUAUGAGCAGAAACUUAUAUGGGGAAGUCAUUACAGGUGCUGUUGUGCCAUUCCUUGUCAUGAGAAAAGAAAAUUCCAUGUUUCCUUUUUGAUUGAUUCAAGUGGUCACCUAGUUUCUGUACAAAGGUUAUUAUUAACAGAGAUUAAUGUUUUAAUACACGUAACCAACAGCAAUGUC